AUGUCGUUAAACCAAUCAAUCGGUGGUACUCCAGCUGGAGACAUUCCUGCAAAUGAGAGUCCCAUAAGUCAGCAUUCACCAAUGGGCAGAGUGACAUUUUUGAAGUUGAAGACACAGGCCAUGUAUAAGCGCCUUGAAUGCAUAAGUGCUGAUAUGGACUCGGAGCGGUUGCAAAGCAUGGACGAAUAUGCUUUAGCGGCAAUAAUUGAUUCAGUUAACGAACUGAAAUCGAAUUUCUUGGCUGCACACGCAAGCUUGGAGGAGCAUGACUUUGAAUCUAUUGGAAGUGAUUUACUUACACAAUUUGAUACGAAUUUGGUUCAGUUGAAAGCUACCCUACAACGUGAAAUUGGAAAGCGUAGCGCUUCUCAACAUUGUUCCACAUUCAAAAUGAACAGCAAUGAAUUCCAGCCUAUUAUAGUGAAUACUAAUCGUUCUCGUUUGCCUCAAUUAACGUUGCCGAAAUUCAGUGGAUGUUAUAUAGAGUGGACUAAUUUCUAUUCGAUGUUCACAUCAGUCAUCGCUAAGGACAGCGACCUAAGCGAUGUGGACAAAUUGCAACAUUUGCGUUCCUGCUUGAGUGGUGCUGCUCUUGACACCAUACGAUCGUUGGAAAUAAAUGAGGCUAAUUAUAAAAUCGCAUUAGAUCUUCUCAUUAAACGAUUUGAUAAUAAACGUCUUAUUUUUCAGGCACAUAUCAGGGAGAUUUUCGGGAUGGACAAAGCAGAUGGUACUGUCAGCAAGCUGCGAGCGUUGUCGGACAAGGUCAAUUCGCAUAUAUGUGCGUUGCAGUCACUUGGCUCCAAAGAGCAAAUAGCGGACUGCAUAGUGGUACAGUUUUUAACUCAAAAGUUGGACAAAGUAACUCAAGCAAAAUGGGAAGAAAGUUGGUCAAUAAACGAGUUACCAUCGUGGGAAUCAUUAGCUGCAUUUUUAGAACAUCGAUGUUGUACCCUCGAGAACGUAGAGCAUGCAUUACAAACACAAGCUGAAACAUUUGGUAAAACUGGAAAAACACAUCAAAGAAAAUCCUUUGUUGCUUCAAAUAGCUUACUGGGUGUUUGCGCAUUUUGUGGAAAUGCUGAACAUUUGAUUUAUAGUUGCCAACGGUUUUUAAAUCUUUCGCCUAAUAUUCGUCAGAAAGAAGUUAAGAAACUUUUACUAUGUCUAAACUGUUUAAAGAAAGGCCAUCAGAUGCGAGACUGCAAAUCUAGUAAUUGUCGAAAAUGUCAUUCAAAGCAUCACACGCUUUUACAUUUUAAUCGUUUACCAUCAGCUAAUAGUAACGAUUUACCAUUAAUAUCGAACUCUGUCCAAGCUAAUGCCAUGACUGCAACGCUGCCAACGCAGCCUGACAUCUCUGCUUCCCGAUCUCCACCUGAUGUUGUGCUUUUAGCUACUGCUAUCGUUUUAGUAAAGAAUCGUGCCGGAACUUUCGUACCUUGUCGCUCACUUUUGGACUCUGGCUCACAAAUUCACUUCGUCACAAGUCGCUUCGCAAACCAACUUCAACUGCCUAAAUCUAAAUCCUUCGCUUCAGUUUCUGGAAUUGGAGAUGCCAAUUUUCCAACAGACGGAUGCUCAGUUAAUCUCGUACUAAAGUCGCGGACUUCAGAUUACUCAACAAACAUUACUGCUCUUGUCGCUCAAACGAUUACUGAUAAUCAACCGGGAACUUCAGUCAUGACCGAUGGUUGGAAUGUUCCUUCGAAUAUCCAACUAGCCGAUCCUGCCUUCAACAUACCACAACGCAUCGAUAUGCUCAUCGGAGCAGGACUUUUCUUCGAACUCAUUUGUGUGGGGCAGAUAAAGUUGGCACCUGGAUUGCCCAUUCUUCAAAAAACUCGACUGGGAUGGGUUUUAUCUGGUGGUUGGCAGCAAACUCCUCAACUAUCUACAUUUAUUGUAAGCCAGAGAUCUUCUAGUGGAAUUGAUAACGAUAUGCAGGUAGACAAAUUAGUUCGCCAUUUUUGGGAAAUCGAACAUAUUCAUGAACCAAUUACCAAAACUUCUAAAGAAGACCUCGAGUGUGAAAAACAUUUCAAAAAUAAUUAUUCACGCUUACCUUCGGGCGAGUAUUCGGUUCGCUUACCCAUUAAGUGCAGCUUGGACUCACUUGGAGAUUCAUAUUUAGCUGCUAAACGCAGAUUCGAGAAUAUAGAACGCAAACUUAGUAGAAAUUCUAAUUUGAAGGCGAAAUAUAGCUCAUUCAUGAAGAAAUAUGAGCACCUUGGUCAUAUGUCAUUAGUUUCUGAAGGAAUGAUUUCCAAGUGCAAGUACUUUCUACCUCAUCAUUGCGUUAUUAAGGACGAUAGUACGUCGACGAAGUUGCGAGUUGUUUUUGACGGUUCUGCGGCUACAACUUCAGGGUUAUCACUAAAUGACAUACUCAUGACUGGUCCUACUAUUCAACCCAAACUUUUCAACAUUCUCGUUCGUUUUCGUACCUUUCCAAUUGCACUUACUGGGGACAUUUGCAAGAUGUAUCGAUGCGUUCGCGUAACACCUCCAGAUAAUAUGCUUCAGUGCAUACUAUGGCGAGAUUCCCCAGAAGAAAAAUUACGUAUAUACAAGUUAGACACGGUCACAUACGGCACCAAGCCUGCUGCGUUCUUGGCUAUACGGACUAUGCAUCAGCUAGCAUUAGAUGAAUCCUCAUCUUAUCCACUUGGUUCAGAAAUCGUUCUUCGCGAUUUCUAUGUAGAUGAUCUUAUCUCUGGAGGAAGUUCAGUAGAGGAAGUACAACAAAUCAGGCAACAAACUACAAACCUACUUUCUAAAGGUCGUUUUCAGUUAAGAAAGUGGUGCUCUAACAACUCAGAUGUUCUCAGCGAAAUUCCUGUUGCUGAUAGAGAAAGUUUUCUUAGUUUCGAUGAAUCCAGCGAUAUUAUCAAAACUCUUGGACUUGUUUGGAAUCCAUCGAAGAAUGUCUUUUUGUUUAAAUAUAAACCUCAGCAAACAUCGGAAAAAUGUUCCAAGCGUUCCGUAUUGUCUACCAUAGCACGUUUCUACGACCCAUUAGGUCUGAUUGGUCCUACACUUACUAGAGCUAAAAUACUGUUGCAAGGGAUGUGGAGAGACAAACUCGAUUGGGAUGAAAGUUUAUCACUUUCCAUGUGCACAGCAUGGUUAGCAUUUUGUAACGAUUUUAUUGAUCUUCAACACACUUCAUUUCCGCGCUAUGUUCUUCAGCCUGGCGCUACUGUUCAAAUACAUGCAUUUUGUGAUGCCAGCCUGGAAGCAUACGGCGCUUGUGUUUACGUUCGCUCAAUUAAGGAUAAUGACAUUAAAGUCCACUUGUUGUGUUCCAAGGCUCGUGUCGCUCCUCUUAAAACGCUGACAGUGCCCAAAUUAGAGCUUUGCGCAGCCGCCUUACUGGCGCAAUUACUAUCUGAAUUAAGAAAAAUGAAUAUAUUUGAUUGUUCUUAUUACUGCUGGUCGGAUUCAUCAGUGGUUCUCUCAUGGCUACGAGAAGAACCCUCAAAGUUCAACGUAUUUGUUGCCAAUCGAAUUUGUGCUAUACAGCAACUAACUGAAGGCAUGCAGUGGCGUUACGUUCCCACCUCCAUGAAUCCUGCUGACAUCCUAUCAAAGGGCGCUACACCAAAGGAGCUUCUAAGGUCAAGACUUUGGACGUAUGGUCCACAAUUUUUGGAAAACGUCGAAUCCUCGUGGCCACAACCAUGCGCAUCUCACAUAUCUCUACCAGAAACUCGUCAAAAGGUUUUGCACAUCUCAUCUGAUAGACCCGACAUAACUUUUUCGUUCAAAUAUAUCAACUCGUUCGGAACAAUGCAGCGUAUCUUUGGCUAUAUAUACAAAUUUAUAAAAUCGAAAAGAUCACAGCUCACAACUACAGAUAUCCAUCGUGGGACUCAAUUGCUCAUACGCCUAGUCCAAAGAGCGCAAUUGUGGUCAGAAAUCGUCGCCUUGAAGAAGAACAACUUUGUACACAUAUCAAGUAAAAUCGCUUCGUUAUCGCCAUUUUUGGAUGAUUUUGGAAUUAUUCGAGUUGGAGGUCACAUAAAGAACUCAUCACUAGACUUUGAGGCACGUCAUCCAAUGAUUCUACCGAAAGAUCAUCCAUUAACGUCGUCAAUAAUCACUCACUUUCAUUGA